UUAAUUCAAUCUUUUAUCUAUCCAAAAUUAUAGAGAAUGCUCAAUCGAUUCACGAGUUAAUCAGAGUAAAAAAGUUUUAUCCUCCAUCUUCCCUAUUUCAGAUCUUCCAUUUUCAGUUACUUGACCAUAUCUUUUGUGUCCUAUUCUUAAAAAUUCUGAUUUUUUGGUUUUUUAUAAUUAAUUCAAUCCUUUAUCGAAUGAAUCAAAAAUCAGAAAAGCUGGUCAAUCGGUUCAUGAGUUACACUUGUAAAACUCAACCCUACCCCCAUUCUCCCCGUAUUUUCUAGGCGCCUUUUCAGUUAUUUGAAUAUAUCUUUUUUAUCCGAUUCCCCGAAAUUCUGAUAUUUUGGGGAUUUCAUAUCUAAUUCAAUUUUCUAUCAAAUGAAUCCAAAAUUAUGAAAAACUGUCAAUACAUUCACGAGUUACUCUUCAAAAACUCAGCCCUACCUCCCCUUAUUUUCGAGGCGCUCUUCCAUUUUAUUUUCUAAAUUAAACCUUUUUUUCUUAAAAUUUCUUUCUUUUUUCUAUUCAUUUCCACCUUUUCCGGACAAUAAUAGAAUAUAUAAUAAUAGGACCACCAAAGCUUUUGGCCACAGAAAUGAGCUUUUAGCGCUUUUUGCCAUAUAAUGGACUGCGCAACCUUUCGGCAGCCUUCUUUGAUUUUUUUCAAUUUUUUCUUUUGUUGAAUGGCCAAAAAUAAAUUGCGGCAACUAUAAAUAUAUACUAUACUAUAUAUGUAUAUAAAUCUUUUUUUACUUUUCAUGAAAAAAAUUUUUCUUAAAGAAGCGCCUCUCUCCUUGUGUACGGCCAAUUUCCCUCCCCCCCCCCCUUCUCCCACCAAUUUUCCCCUCAAUUUUCUUCCUUUUUUUGCUUUUCCUUCAUUUUUCUCUUAUUUGCAUGCUUUUCCGGUGUAAAUAUCGUUUCAAUCAUUGUCUAUCGUUUAGUAUUCA